AUGAAUCAAUUUGAAUCCAUAGAGGCAAGAAUUUUGUUCUUAAUCUAUACUCUCUACCAGAAUAACACGAUUUCUCUUGAUUAAAAGGGCCUACUGAAAGGUACUUAUUAUUUGAUAACUAUAAGACAAUUUGGUAUCCAAGGAAAAUGGCAGAUUUAUGAAUGCUAUAACAUAAUUCGAGAAAUCCAAAGAUAUUGAUUAAUUAUAGUAAUUCCUGAUUUAAUUUAUCGAAAGUAAGUUGCCUUAUACAUCUUAGUGGAGAACUCAAUAUCAGACUAUAUUUCAGUGAAUUCUUUUAAAACAAUAAAGUCAACUAAACCAUGCAAUUUAUGCAAGGAAACUACAUAAAGUUCGAACACAAAUUCUAACCCAAAUAUACUGUUUUCCCCCAUCACGGUUCAAAAAAAGGAGGGAGAUGCCUAGUUUAUUUCUAGGAAAGAUAAAAAAUACUUAACUUAAAUAUCAUGAUUUAUUUUAAUAAUCGAAUAAUUAUUAUUAAUAGUAAUUAAAGCAUAAAAUCUCUUUAAGUAUACAGAAAUUGUUAAAUCCAAUAUUUCAUUGUGUAGAUACUUGAUAUAUAGUAGAGUCUUUCAUGAAACAGCUCAGGCAGCUCUACAAAGAUUAAAGUAACCAUAGAAGUACAAGAAGAGUGAAGAAAAUGUAAAAUCCCUAUGGUACACUCUAAAAAAUUCCUGA